ACUCAUUCUUAUUCUAUGUGACGACACCGAGAGAGCAUCUCGUAAACCACCUUGCUCUCUAUUAAUUGUUUGUAGUUUUUGUGAUGUUUGCACCGCUCCACGAUCUGUGACGUUCGGUUUUUGUCUGUCAGUUGAUGUUCCGUUGUUGAGUGAUAUGGAUUAUUCGGCGAAUUGCUUGAGUUCAAGGUAGUUUCGAGAUGCAAGGGACCGUCUUCAUGGCCCACAAUCCCCAACAAGGCUUCCCCCCGCCAUCAGAUACCAUUGUCUCCGAAAUGGAGCAACUGCCUUCACCGAGCCACCUCACCAAAGAAUCGUUAUCCAGCCAAAACGACUCCGGAAUAUUCUCUGCCACCAACACCACCAUAGAGCAAACUGAUAUCUCCAAAGCUUCAGAAACUGAUAACAGAAGUGACUGCUCUUCUCCGGAGCGGAAGUACCUUUGCCCGAUUUGCGAGAAGAUGCUGACGUCCCAGCACGAGUUCACCCUCCACAUUCGAUCUCACAACAACGAGAACGAGCCCCAGGACGAGAAGGGUUACACCUGCCGGAUAUGCUGCAAGGUGCUGAGCUCCAGCAGCAGUCUAGACAGGCACGUUUUGGUCCACAGCGGGGAGAGACCUUUCCACUGCAAGUACUGCGGGGAUACGUUCACGACUAAUGGAAACAUGCACAGACACAUGCGCACUCACUCCCACAAAGCCGAAAACAGCUACGAAUCCGACGGAAGCACGGACAGCAGCAGCUCUAAGAGCACCGAAUUCAAUAACAACAAGGUUGAGAAAAGCGUCAAGAGAAAAAAUCCGGAGCCAGAGUGCGGAGGAAAGAGACUGCGAGACCAAUACGCAGACGUAGAACACUCUCAAGCCUUCAAGUGCCCCGUGUGUGAGAGAAGUGACUUUAACUCGCUGCUGGUGCUGGAAACACAUCUUGAGGAUAAUCACCCCGAAUACCCAGCUAAAUGUGUCGUUUGCAAGCAAGUGUUUCUCAACAAUAAACUUCUGGCGAUGCACAGAGCCGCAGUUCACGAAAACCCGGUGGGAAAACAGCCGGUGGUAGGGUUCAAGGACUUAACUUUCGUCGACUUCUCCAGCGAGAAGUUCCCCCAUAUCGCGCGAAGAGAAUGUGAGAUGAACCUACACAAGGUCUCCGGCGGGCUGAAAUUCCAAUGCAAAAAGUGUGGCAGGGCUUUUCCUUGCACCAACUCACUAGACAUCCACGAGCAGAGCUGUGUAUCUUCCGACUACCACAAUGGGCUGGACCUGACAAGCAUUUCACAGCCGGAGAUUCGUAGGAUGGAGUUUUUCUCCAGGUUGAAUCUGGUGGAUAACUCGCCCGAGAAGCAGCUACCUCCCACGGCGGGUAACAAACUACGCGAACACCUAGCCAAAGCCAUGGACAAUACUAAAGAUCUAGCCGACAUCCAGUCUAUUCUUUCCAACAUAAACCUGCGGCAGCUCCAGGCGAAGCAAGCGGAACCUCCCAAGCAUCCAGACCUGCAACCAGAGUACCAGAAGCAUGAAGAGGAGGAGUCUCAGGACGUAUUCGCCGUAGAGUUUCGCAAGAUGAAACUACGUGGCGAAUUUCCUUGCAGACUCUGCACGGCUGUCUUCCCAAACCUGCGCGCACUCAAGGGCCACAAUCGGGCGCAUCUCAACGGCAACACUAACGGCACCUACCACUGCAAUAUGUGCCCCCAUUCCAGCGUCGACAAGGCGGCUCUGAUCCGACACAUGCGAACUCACAAUGGCGACAGACCUUACGAGUGCUCGCUCUGUAACUAUGCCUUCACGACUAAAGCUAACUGUGAGCGGCAUCUGAGAAACAGGCACUCAAAAACGACGAGGGAGGAGGUGAAGAAAGCUAUCAUAUACCAUCCUUCGGAAGAUCCCACAAAUGAAGAACUCAACAAGCUCGGCGGCAAGGACGAGUCGAGAAAGCACGAGGUGGGAUUCGAGAAAGUUCCUUGCUCCACCCCCAAGUUCGUUCCCGAAAUCAACCUAAUGAAGCCCACCAUCCUACCAGUUGCUUCGGAGCAGCAGCUGAAACCCUCGAGGGUGUUUCCGGGAGAUAUAAUUCGCAGGGAGAACCUGCAGGCGAUGAACUACGGCUUCCCACCUGUUACGAAAAUACAGGUGAGGAAUAUUGAGAGCCUCAAGGAAAACAGCUUCGUUGAGGACUCGGAAGACGAGUAUGAAGAUGAGGAGGACCAGCCUCUAGAUCUGGUGUUAGAUCUGAGCAAGAAAAAGCACAGCGAUAACAGCGUUAAGCGCUUGGAAGUCGAAGAUGAAGAGGAGGAAGAGCCUCAAGACUUAACGGUGAAGUCCCCACCUUUGCAGUCCCGGAUCCCCCAGCAACACGUUCCCCCGAAUAUGGGGCAAAUAUUCGCUCAACACCUGUUCAAGACUCCUCCGAAGAUCGAUCCAGCCGCGCUGUACGCAACACAAUUAGCUCUAUGUCGCGGCUUCCCAGCCCUUCCCAACUGGUCCGGGUUUCCCCUGAACUCCCUGCUAUUCUCCUCAAUGUCAGCCUCUCUUCCUCACAACUCCCAAGACCUCAAGGAGAGAACGCAGCGGUUUCAGCUUGGCGGCGGUUCAUUGAUCUCCGAGGAAUUGAAAAAUCUCCAUAACAUGCAGCAGCCGCUCCGAAGCCCCACCUUGGUGUACCCUAACGGCUUCAAGAUGGAAACUCCCAAGCCAGAAGGCUUCAGCACUCCAAAGAAUCAACCUGAAGAGAUGAAGCCUCUCAGCUUGAAUAUCGAUUCGAGCUUCAGUGAUAGCAUGCCCAAAUUGCACAGCCCGAUACAGCUCCCCAAGCCCGAUCUGAUGCAGUCUCCCAACUCCGUCAAGAUGGUCAUUAAGAACGGAGUGCUGAUGCCCAAACAAAAGCAGCGCAGGUAUCGGACGGAGCGACCCUUCACCUGCGAGCAUUGCUCUGCGCGAUUCACGCUGAGAUCGAACAUGGAGCGACACAUCAAGCAGCAGCACCCGCAAUUUUGGUCUCAGCGUCAGCGCGGCAGUGUGGGCAAUCCUGGAAAGAAGCCGCAACUGCCCGUGAAGCAUGGUUACUGCGACCUCAGCAUCCCCAGCUACGAGAUGUCUAAGAUGCACGACUUCGGCGACACUAAAGACGUGCUCAACGAGAAGCUCAAGUUCGCAAUUCUCGCACAGCAGUUGCGCGCAAACCAUAAUGUGCGCGAGACCAAAGAAGAGGAGGAGGAAGAUUACGCCUUGGUUAUCGACGAGAACGAGGAUAAGGCCGAGCCGGAGGCAGACUAUAGUCGUAGCAGGAUUCUGGAAGAAAAGCUGAAAGAGCUUCAGCAGCUGAAGGUCGAGAACAGGGCGCCAAAGAUCGAGGAGAGCUCCGAUUUGGUUCCCGUGUCGAAGCUGUUAGACGAUGCCUCGCAGCAGCAGUUCAAGGAGUUUUUCAAGAGGGAUAACGAGGAGCAGGAGGUAGGGGUCGUUAGCGAGGAGGACGAAGAGGGACUAGUGGCUAGCGGCAGUACGAGCGAAGGAAAUGUUUCCGGAACUGAUGAGAACAAAUCGGAGUCCGACACAGUUCAACCCGUCAAGAAAAAAUCCGCCUACUCCCUGGCGCCCAACCGCGUUAGCUGCCCCUACUGUAGCCGAAAAUUCCCCUGGACGUCCUCCCUGCGCAGACACAUUCUCACUCACACCGGCCAAAAACCGUUCAAGUGCAGCCACUGCCCUCUGUUGUUCACGACCAAGUCGAACUGCGACCGCCAUCUGUUGCGUAAACACGGCAACGCAGCCACGACCAUCUCCAACGAAUCGGGCAAUAACAGCGCCAACUACCUGAUGCGCAACGUACCCGAACGACCGUUUAAAUGUUCCAGCUGCCCGAGCAGUACAUUUGCGACCUACUCUAACCUAAAAAAACACAUCAGUUGCAAACAUUCGACGAACGCGCAGGGUGACGACAUCAAGGCCCAAGGAUACGAGGCGGGGAGCUCCGAAGACGAAAAAGUGCCUAACGCGGAACAAAGGCACGACUGGGAGAACCAAAUCAAGACAGUUGCCGAACCUGGUACGCAGAACUCCGACCUGCCUUUCAAGUGCCACCUAUGUGAGGGUUCGUUCGGAGAGCGACAGGAGGCGCUCGACCAUAUUCGCGACAAGCACGUCUCCGAGUACGACCUGCUAAUGUCGAAGAAUGCACUCGAUAGCAGCGCCACCACGCCUGACGAUUCCGCUCAUCAGGAAGAAGAGGAGAGCGAAAUUCGUGGCAAAUUCCCCGACUACUCGAACCGGAAAGUGAUCUGCGCAUUCUGCAUGCGCAGAUUCUGGUCGGCCGAGGAUCUGCGCAGACACAUGCGCACGCACACUGGUGAGCGACCUUUCAGCUGCGACAUCUGUAGGCGGCGGUUCACUCUGAAGCAUAGUAUGCUGCGGCACAGAAAGAAGCACAACGUCAGCUUCGAUCACGAUAUGAACAACAGCGAUGAGGAGGUGCAGAGUUCGUCGCCUCCCUACAAGGCGGAGAGGGUGGUUUUCCAUAAAACCGACGAGUCUGACGGCGCAGAAGGCGGAGGUGACUUGAUCAGUAACUUGCUUGGUUUGAGAGAUAGGUCGAUUAUCGAUAAGGUUCUGGCGGCUUCGGCGGACGACGCUGCCAAGUUGCUAGGUGUUAAAAACGGCGUUAAAGAGUGAAGUAUUUUGGUAAGAAUUUCUGGAAAGCAUUCCAUACUUGUUGGAUGGUAGACGUUUUGCAUAGUUUUCUUGGUUGGUAUUCCUGUGGGCAGUCUUUGAAAAGUAAAUAAAGUGAUAUUUUUUUGUUGAAUAGGUGAGGUUGAUAACGUCAGAUGAUUUAGAAGGCAAAUAGACCUAUUAAUGGAGUCAUGAAAAUAAAAUUAGGAAUAUUAUUUUUCGCAAGGAUAACAUUCCCUGGAAAGUGUGAAUGGUGAGUGGUAAGAGUGAUUGAAUAUGUUCUUGUAAUAUCAUUCCAUCUAUACCACUUAACAGAGCAGAGUGUCAGUAGAACUGACCGUGGUUACUUGUCGAAUAUUUGUGGACGUGGACAAGUAGACCAUUCAACCACAUUUUUGUUACUUUUCUAGUGUAGAAUUCACACUAAAUUGCUUUUUUAAUAUUCAGUAAUUUAUUUUAUGGAAUUAACUCGAAUAAUUCAAGAUAAUCUGAAAGGAAAACUAUCUCUUCGGUUUUUAUUGAAUAAAACUGUGAUCAAAAGUUAAUUCAAGGUUUUGUGAUACUUUUCAAAGCUGCCAAUAUAUAUUUUAUCACGUUUGCCAACCAAAAAAAGUAAAUGAUAUGCCAAAACAUUUUUUAUCUAAUCGGUUUUUUCAAAGAAAAUUAUUUUGUAUUAUAUUUGUUUUAGGGUUAUGGAAUCUGUAAUUGUAAAGAUAAUCAGUCUAGUCAGGUUUAUUCCAACGAAUAGAAUAGCAUUUGAUGCGUCGAUUAUUGAAUAUUAUUUUUGAAAUGAGUAUAGACUAGUUGAAAGUGUAUCAUAUUAUUAUUUUACGGAAUUUUUAUUAUUUAAUGGAGAUAUAUUUUAUAUUUGUACAUAACAAAUUAUGAUACGGUCUAGGAAUACCAAAAAUAAUUUAUUUCUUGUAUUCACGCAUGGAUUUUUGAAAUCAUCGGAAUACAACACACUUGAUUCUAACGUACUUUUGCCUUACACGAAAUUGUGUCUUAUUCUUCGCCUUGAUAUACACUGUACACUAGCAAUACAUUUAUUUUUAGAGUGACACGAUUUUUUAGGAUAAGAACAUGUAACAUACCACGCCCAAAGAUGGCAUUCUAGAAAAAAGUGUGGGAUACUGUUUUUGAUUCUAAAUGGUUUGUUGUAAAUUUUGUUGGAACUCUAUAAUCGAAUUUUAUUUUCUUUCCCACACUUCUCUUUUGAAUGCCCACGAAAAAAUCAAAAUUAGAUUUAAAUUAUUUAGAAAUUUAUUUUCCGUAGCUUAAGAGUGAAUCUACCACCUAGUUUUGCUGUGAGAUUUAUUUAUUCGGAGCCGCACGAUUUUUAUUUUCUUGUGCACCUUUUGAUUAGUACGGUAUUUUUCACCAUUCACGCUGUGUCUUAAGAAAACAUAGCUUUUGAUACAAGCCCCUCAUGGCCCCCAUUGUAUGGGGGCUGGGGCGAAAUCGAGAAGCAACUUCAAAGCAAUCGAGUGAGUAAAUAUGUGUACCUAGGUCUAAUUGUAAUUUAUGAAAAUGUAAUGAUUAUCAUUAGGUUUACGAUAUUAUGCCAUAUUUAUUUAGAAUAUUGUGUUAAGUUGUGAGAUAUAGUACCUACAUUUUACUGAAUUGUAAUGAUUGGAUAUUUCUCUCUAAUAAAUGACAGUUAAUGCUCA